GUCAGUGUUAGUGUUGUCAGUUCUUGGCGGUAAAAUAAUUGCGGUAUAUACAGUCUUUACAUCGUUAAGUUAUAAUUUGUAGGGGUUGAUUUCUUAUUUUUAUUUGAUAAUUUGUUUAUUUAGUUUGCAACCUAAGCAAAAUGCGUUCGCCUCAAACCUAUAACAUGUCAGAAGGUUCACUCCAGAUAAUCAUGUCUGGAGGAGAAUUUCCAAAUCCCAUUAUGCAAGUUUUGGGUAGCAAAAAAAUAAAUGCUGGAUUAGGUGAUAAAGAAAGAAUUCGUAUUUUACUGUCAGAUGGAAAAUACACUAUUUCUUUUGCGAUGCUAACAGCCCAGAUUAACGAUCGUCUUGGUCCAAAUGGUGUGGAAACUUUUAGCAUUAUACAAAUAGAUAGAUAUGUUACGAGUAUCAUUAACAAUUCUGGGAAAGGAGAAGCACGGGUACUUUUAAUUCUUGACAUGCAUGUUGUUGUCCCUGGAAGUGAAGUUACAGAAAAAGUAGGCACUCCCAUUCCCCUACCAACCGAUGCUGAUGUGGCUAAAAGCUCUACUGCUGCUCCAGCUACAAACAAUUCUAUUAAGAAUGUAACUGUCUCUAAACCAAACAUCAGUAAUGGCACAACUCCAAUGGAUACUACCAGUACUAGUGAUGAUAUAUCCACACAUAUGAUCCAUCCUAUUUCAAGUCUCACACCUUACCAAAACAGAUGGACUAUCAAGGCAAGAGUUACUAAUAAACCUCCAAUAAGAACUUGGUCAAAUUCUAGAGGAGAAGGAAAAUUAUUUAGUUUCGAACUGGUUGAUGAAAGUGGUGAAAUCCGUUGUACAGCUUUUAAAGAAAUGGUUGAUAAAUUCUAUGAUUAUCUUCAGGUGGAUAAGUAUAUUACAUCAACAAAUGUCAACUUAAACCAGCCAAUAAACAGUACAGCACUUUAAAACAUGAGUAUGAAAUGACUGUUACCCACGAUACUGUCAUUAAAGAAUGUCUUGAUGCAGAUUCUUCAAUACCCACUGUACAGUAUAACUUUGUUCCUAUAGAUAAAAUUGCUGAUAAAGAAGUAAAUUCUGUUGUAGAUGUAAUAGGUAUUGCUAAAAGUGUCAGCGAAUUACAAACAUUCCAAGCAAGAUCAACAGGAAGAGAAUUAAAAAAGAAAGAAGUUGUCUUGGUUGAUCAGUCACAAACAGCUAUAACGUUAACACUUUGGGGCCAAGAUGCCGAAAAUUUUGAUGGUACCAACAAUCCUGUCGUAGUUAUAAAAAGUGCUAAAAUUGGAGAAUUUGGAGGUGGCAAGAAUUUAAGUACUCUUGUUAGCAGCACCUUAAAAAUAAAUCCCGAAUUAAAAGAAUGUUACAGGAUCAGAGGAUGGUAUGACAGUGAGGGUGAACAUCUGGAUGCAAAGAAUAUUAGUGCCAGAAUUGGAUCCUCAAAUAUGUCCGCAAAUUGGAUGACUUUUAAGGAAGUUAAAGAUCAAAAAUUAGGAUCAUCUGAGAAAGGUGAUUAUUACAAAGCUAUUGCUACUGUUCUCCUUGUCAAAGCCGAUAAUAUUGUGUACAGAGCUUGUCCGACUGCUGAAUGUAAUAAGAAAGUUGUUGAUAUGGAAAAUAGUAUGUACAGAUGUGAAAAAUGUAAUAGGGAAUUUCCCAAUUUCAAAUACAGACUGUUAGCUAGUAUGAAUGUUGGAGACCAUACAGGAAACCAGUGGGUUAGUAUGUUCAGUUCAGAAGCCGAAAAAAUUCUGGGGAUGACUGCUGAGGAAGUAGGACAGACAUUGGAACAUAAUAAAGAAGAAAUAGCAAAUAUCGUAGAUAGAGCUCAUUUUAAAGUGUUUACUCUUACUUGCAGGGCAAAAAUUGAAACUUACAAUGAUGAAGCUCGCUUAAAAACUGUUUGCAUAAGAGUGGAUCCAAUUAAUUAUGAGGAGUAUAGUGCAUUGCUAACAGAAAAAAUUCAACAGUUAACUGGCGAAACUCAUGAUUAGGUCUACACUAACGCUACAGCUAUUUUGUUAUUUCUAGCUCUUUUUUUUUAUUAGAAAAUAUAAUUAAGAAAAUC